AUGAAGAGACCAACGGCGAUUGUUGUUGGUGCUGGUGCAGGAGGAGUCGCCAUCGCUGCUCGUUUAGCAAAAGAAGGGUUUACAGUAACCGUGGUAGAGAAGAACAAUUUUAUUGGUGGCAGAUGCUCUCUCAUCCAGGAGGAUGGCUAUAGAUUUGACCAAGGACCAUCCCUUCUUUUAUUGCCUGAGAUAUUUGAGAAGACCUUUCUAGACCUGAACACAUCCCUAGAAGCUGAAGGCAUCCAAUUGAUGAAGUGUGAGCCCAAUUACCGAAUAUGGUUUGGGGAUCAUGAUUCAGUUGAACUAUCGACAGACAUGGUCAGAAUGAAAGGGGAGAUCGAGCGCCAUGAAGGCAAAGAGGGGUUUAUGCGAUUCUUAUCAUUCAUGAGAGAAUCGGGUCAUCAUUAUGAUCUAUCUGCAAUUCAUGUCUUGAACAAGAACUUCCCCAAUUUUUCUAGUAUGCUUCGACCUGGCUUUCUACUAUCCACAAUGGCUUUACAUCCAUUUACGAGCAUUUACAGCAGAGCAAGCAAGUAUUUUGUCUCCGAAAAACUGAGAAGGGCGUUUACAUUUACGAGCAUGUAUCUCGGAAUGAGUCCAUUUGAAGCGCCGGGGACUUAUUCCCUCCUUCAAUACUCAGAGCUUGCCAAUGGAAUUUGGUAUCCUGUCGGAGGGUUCCAGAUCGUCCUGGAAGCCUUGGCAGGUGUUGGAAAACGCCUAGGCGUGGAAUAUCGUCUCAAUGCGCCAGUUUCCUCUAUCAAGCUUUCCGGAAAUUCAUGCAUAGCAACUGGUGUUGUCCUUACUUCUGGCGAGGUUUUGACUGCAGAUACCGUUGUUGUAAACGCUGAUCUUGUAUAUGCGUAUAACGAGCUUUUGCCAAAGUCUCCCUUUGCUGAGUCGCUUAAAAGACGGCCCACAUCCUGCAGCAGUAUUACAUUCUUCUGGUCAUUUGACCGCAUCAUCCCAGAGCUCCAGACACAUAAUAUCUUCCUGGCCGAUGAUUAUCGUGGGAGCUUUGACUCUAUCUUCAAAGAUCAUGGGAUUCCUUCGGAGUUAUCCUUCUAUGUGAACGUGCCCAGCCGGAUUGAUCCAACGGCUGCUCCACCCGAUAGAGAAGCAGUAGUGGUACUGAUUCCUGUCGGUCAUUUGGCGGAGAACAGUUCUUGGGCCACGAGCUUUGAUACUAUCAUAUCCAAAGCGCGGGAAGCCGCAUUUGAGACCAUUGAAUCUCGCACCGGUGCUCGCGGCUUGCGUGAUAGUCUCCUAUCUGAGAAGAUUGAAACCCCGUUCAGCUGGAAGGAGAAAUUCAACUUAGACAAAGGGGCAAUUCUGGGGCUCUCGCACUCAUUCUUCAAUGUAUUGAGCUUUCGACCCAAGACUCGACAUGACAAAAUCAGGGGAUUAUACUUUGUUGGCGCCAGCACGCACCCAGGUACAGGUGUUCCCAUUUGUUUGGCAGGCAGCAAGAUUGUGAGUCAACAGAUAUGUCAUCAACAUGACAUGGAAAAGCCCUAUUUGAUGGAAACUGAAGCUUUCAGAUGGUCAGUAUAUGGAAGUUGUGUUAUUAUCUCUAUCUUUGUUGCUUCAUGGGUGUGGUGUCUGAAUCUGAAAUAUUUAUGGAAAACUGUCUAG